AUGCGGUCUAAAGGAGCGCUCUUCCUGCUCUCAGUGUGCGCGUUAACCGCUCACUACAUCUACACACCCAUCCCCGAAAACAUCGAGCAGAGAUGGAAGCUCAUGUUCACCGACUGUUUCUUCAGGAGUCUCAGUCAUCUGGCCGAUCUCAGUGAGCUACUGGGUCUGAAGGACUACAUGGGCGUGAUGCUGUUCAUCACGGUCGCAGAACGCGUGGAGGCCGUGUCCGACGAGCGGGUGAAGGUGGCGGACGAGCUCUUCGACGGCGUCGAGGUGUUGGUGUACGAGCCCAGGCGGGACAGACGACAGGGAGAGCGAAGGAGAGCCAUUAUCUACCUGCAUGGAGGAGGAUGGUGUCUGGGCAGCUCUAAAAUGGGUCCGUACGAUCUCCUGGCCCGGAGGAUGGUUACAGAACUCGACGCUGUUGUCAUUUCAGUGGAGUACCGCCUUGCCCCUGCUCACCACUUCCCCGUCCCGUUUGAGGAUGUAUACCGCGUGGUGAAGUACUUCCUUCAAGCAGACGUCCUGAACAGGUACGCGGUGGAUCCAGAGCGGGUGGCAGUGUCUGGGGACAGCGCCGGAGGAAACCUGGCGGCUGCAGUAACACAGCAGCUGCACAUGGACCCUGACCAGCACGUGAAGCUGAAGGCCCAGGCUUUAAUCUACCCGGUCAUGCAAGCACUGGAUCUCAACACGCCGUCGUACCAGCAGAACCAGCACAUGCCCAUCCUGCCCCGCAGGCUCAUGGUUCGCUUCUGGAGUGAAUACUUCACCAGCGACAAGUGGCUCUUUAACGCCAUGCUGGCCAACCGCCACAACAGCCCUGAAUCCACCUCGCUGCUUAAAUUCGUGAACUGGAGCGAAUUCCUUCCGGAAUCAUUCCGCAGGACGUACAAUUACAGCACGCUGUCCGUAUCGGCGCCCGAGACCUCGUAUCCCUUCACGGACCCACGCGCGUCGCCCCUGCUGGUGCCCGACGCCGUGCUGCGCCAGCUACCCAAAACGUACAUACUGACCUGCGAGUACGACGUCCUGCGGGACGACGGGUUGAUGUACGCGGCGCGUCUUCGGCAGUCCGGCGUCCACGUGACGCAUGAACACUACGCGGACGGGUUUCACGGCACGCUGAUGUUCACGGUCUGGCCCACAGAUUUUAAAAUCGCACACAGGCUGACGGACAACUACCUGCUGUGGCUGAGGGAGAAUUUGUGAACGGACGUUUGCUAGACUUUACAUUCCUCAGAGGACGGAGGUUCCUCACAACACCAGGCUGGUGUUUAUUUUUUAUUUUUUGUACGUUUUAUGUAGUUUAUAUAAGGAUCAAAUUUUUCCUGUUUUUAAAAGCCCACUGUUUACUGAUGGUUGUUUUAUCAGGGUGUAAUACUCUCAUGACCACUGACCACUCUUAUGACCACCUUUGACACAAAACAAGAAGUCAAAAGUUUACAUACAUUACAUGUACAUGUAUGUCCUCGCAGUUUUGGGACUUACAUUUCUUCUUGUCUAUUUAUUUCUGUGACACUUUGACCAAAAUAUUAAUUAA